AUGCAGAUUAUCAGAGCAGAGAAACUCACCUGCAGCAGAAGCAAAGGUGAUGAUGAUGAUGGUGAUCUGAUGGUGCAGCUCAGCAGCGACACCGGACCUGAGUUGCAGACAGAGAUCAAGGCAUGCAGGAAGAGUGGCCAGCAGGGCCUGGGAGCUUCGCGGCUGCCUGUCUUCUCACCCCAGGAGAAGAGUUACAUCAAAGGCACCUGUGACUUCCUGGGUCUCGGACAUUUUACCACCCGCUACAUCACCCAGAAGAACUACCCAUCUGGCCUCGGGGAUAGCUACUUCGCAGAUCGUGACCUCGCUGAGCUGGUUGACCCGAAAUGGCCCGAUCCUGGUUCUGAGUGGCUUUAUUCAGUUCCCUGGGGCUUCCGCCGCUUGCUGAACUUUGUGAAGACUCAGUAUGGAAACCCCAUGAUCUACGUGACAGAAAACGGUGUCUCAGAGAAAAUGCUCUGCACUGACCUCUGCGAUGACUGGCGGAUGCAGUACUUUCAAGACUACAUCAAUGAAAUGCUGAAAGCCAUUAAAGACGGGGUAAAUUUGAAGGGCUACACCGCCUGGUCCCUCCUGGAUAGCUUUGAGUGGGAUGAAGGAUACUCUGAAAGGUUCGGUCUCUACUUUGUGGACUUCAGGAACAAAAACAAACCACGCUACCCGAAGGCAUCUGUUCAGUUCUAUAAACGCAUCAUUAGCUCUAACGGCUUUCCAAUCAGAGAGAGGAGUUCAGCCUCCGAACAGGAGUCAUGGGAAAAUGGCUACUACUGGCUAGCCUGCUGGUGUAGCCCUGAAUAG